ACUGCCGCCACUAACGCGUCGAUUGAUUCGCCUGAAAACACAGCCGAACUGGGUGAAGAACAGGCCCUAUCGCCAGUGAUUUUGUCCAACGCCAACGCUCAGGCUGAGAGCAGCAACAGUAGCUUUCAGAGCCCAUACACUGCCGCCACUAACGCGUCGAUUGAUUCGCCUG